CCACACUCAGGAGAAUAGAAAAAGGAAACGCUCGUCAGUUCUCUUUUUCGCUGUCCCUCUCUCUCUCCCUCUCUCUAUCUCUCUCUCUCUCUCUCUCUAUCUUUCUCCCUCGACCUCAUUCCGAAGCACAGCAAUGAGCAACGACGGCCUGUACAACGCUGCCGGCGACAUCAAGUUCGAGACGGCUGCCGAGCGCAACAACGGACCCGAAGGCUUUUACCGCGCAGACGCCCUGACGAGCGCGGAUCAGCCGUACGAGGUCCCGCUGGCCGAGUUCCGGCAGUACCUGAAGGAGCUCUACCACAUCAACCCGUACCUGCGCACCAUCCGCACGCGCCCGCGGCUCUUCAUCAAGAACAAUGGCAUGAUCUGGCAGAUGCCCGUCAACACGCCGGCCAGCGAGAAGGCCGUCAUUGACCAGCAGGCAAAGCGCCGCGGCGUCGCAGGCAUUGCCACCGCGUCUGCCUCCCCUGCCUCUUCCGGAGGCGCAGCAGCAGCAGGAGGAGCAGCAGCAGCGGGAGGAGCAGGGUCGCGAGCAGACUCGGCGGCUGCAGGCCACCAUCACUCGCACAACAGGCACCAUCCGCAGCAGCAGCCGCAGUACCGCACCCAGCAGCAGCAACAGCAACAGCAGCAGCAGCACCGGCAGCAGCAGCAGCAGCAGCACCAGCGCCCAGCGCGAUCGGGCAUGCCUGCAAACUCUGCUGCGUCGGCUGCAUCCGCCUCUGCGCAAGCUGUGUCUGCCUCCCGUCGCCGCCGCGGGGAUGGCAACGACCCGGACGACGACGAGGACUAUGGCGUCAAGCGCUCCCGCACCAGUGGCGGCGGAGCGAGCAGCGGGGGCGGCAGCGCGGCGAGUGGCGGGAAUGGCGGCUCUCGCCACUACAUCCCGUCCAACCGUCCCGUGGGGCGUCCGUCCAAGGCGUCCAUGCUGGCGGCACAACACGCUGCUGCCCAUGCUGCUGCCGUCGCGGUCAGCUCGGCCGGCAGUGGUCUGGCUGGAAGCGCGUCGACUACGAACGCAGCGGCGGCCGCUGCUGUCACUCAGGAGGCGCGAAACGCAGCGACGAUGGCAACGUUUGUGGGCCGCGAUCGCCUCCUCCAUGGCGGCUCCUACCUGCCACCGCGAUCGGCUUCGUCGCGGCUGAACAACAUGAGCUCGGCUGCAGCGGCUGCGGCUGCCAUGGCUGCGCAGUCGCUCGGUGGCGCGGGAAUCAGCACCAGGAGCAACAACCCGCGGCGCGAUCUCGACCGUGUCACCGUCGCCAUUGGUCCCUCGCUCACCUCCGAGCUCCUGCGCACCCUCAUGCCAUACCGCUCGGUCUUGAUCUCUGCAGCGCGCCACAUUAACGAGCAGGCCGGCCGCACCGUCAUCACGCUCGAGGAUUUGCGAACCUUUUUGGAGUCCACGCUCGACUCGAUGAAGCAAGGCCUGUUGGACAAUUCCGAGGCGACCCUGGUGGAAAUUAGCGGAAGCAGCGGCAGUGGCUCGUCGGGCGGCAACGAUGGUGGCAACAAGGACGCCGAAGACAAGGACGCCGCAGCAGAGGGCAAGGAUGCUGCUGACGGCAAGGACAAUGGCGGCGAUGGCAACAGCACCGCACGUGCUGCAAAUUCUAGCUCUGCGCAGUCGGACACGACCCGCGCACCCGCCGCCGGCGACAGUCAAAAUGGCGACCAAAUGUGCGAAGCUGUGGCAGCUGGCGAGAAUGAAUUGCAGCAGGACUCUGUGUCCGUCAGCGAUGCGUCUUCCGUGAGCAGUCCGUCCAACGAAAGUGUCUGCAGCACGGUCAGCGAUGACCCCAUGGACGAAACGCUGGAUGCUCAACCUCAGUCGCUUUUGCGCACAACCGCUCGGCAGGUUGCACUUCAUGUCGCAUCGUAAUUAUUUCCCCCCCCCCCGCCCCCG